CCGCGGGACCCCGGGGUCAGGGUCGGCGUGUGAAGGCGUGUCGGGUCGCGAGCAGGAUCUGUACGUGUGGCUGGAGAAGGAGCGCGCGCAGGACGAGUUCUACACGCUCAAGUUCCUGCUCAAGUCUAGCGCCGGCUGCCUGGCCGAGAGUCUACGCCGGCUCAGGCGGUAGCUGGGUGGUCUCACCACUCCCCAAACGUCACGAGGACAUCAGAGGACAUCGCCACGCCCCUCCUCCAUCAUCAGAGGACAUCACCACGCCCCUCCUCUAUCAUCAGAGGACAUCGCCACGCCCCUCCUCUAUCAUCAGAGGACAUCACCACGCCGCUCCUCAAACGACGGGAGGACAUCAGAGGACAUCACUACGCCGCUCCUCAAACGACGGGAGGACAUCACUACACCGCUCCUCAAACGACGGGAGGACAUCACCACGCCGCUCCUCAAACGACGGGAGGACAUCAGAGGACAUGUCCAUGGCCCCCUAGAGAACAUCUUGGACAGGACUUGGAUGGCGUUCCCUUCCUCCCUACAUCAUCCCUCCUUCCUCCCUACAUCAUCCCUCCUUCCUCCCUACAUCAUCCCUACAUCAUC